CGUAUCCACCGCGCUGGCGAAUGCUGAUGAAAACGCCCACUUCGUGUUUGUGCUGGCCUGGGGAGUGAGCAAUCGGAGGGAAGUGCUGAAGGCUCAAAGCAAUUUAACUACAGUGAAGGCCUUGAGCAUCCAGAUAAUCAACAUGCCUGAUGAAUCUCCUGAUCAGAAGCAAGUCAGGUGGCUCCCACUGGAGUCCAACCCAGAUGUGAUGAAUAGCUUCCUGCACAACUUGGGCCUUCCAUCCAAGUGGGCUGUGACUGAUGUGUAUGGCCUGGAUCCUGAAAUGUUGGCUAUGGUACCACAGCCAGUAUCUGCUGUCCUGUUGCUCUACCCCCUAACAGAAAAGGCCGUGACAGCAUCCGCCGAUGAAGACGCCAAGAUACAGGCGGAAGGUCAGGUCCAGUCACCGAAAGUGUACUUCAUGAGGCAGACGAUCGGGAACGCCUGCGGAACGGUCGCCCUCAUGCACGCGCUGGCCAACAACAAGGAGAUGCUGCAGCUGGAAAGCGGCCCGCUGGCCGAAUUCUUCAGCCGGACGGCGCAGCAGACGCCCGAGGAGCGAGCGGCGGCGCUGCAGCUGUUUCAGCAGCUGGAGGCGGCGCACGAGGCGGCCGGCCAUCAGGGCCAGACGGAGGCGCCCUCGCGCCACGAUCGGCUCGACACACACUUCAUCGCGUUCGUGCACGUGGACGGUCACUUAUAUGAGCUGGAUGGGAGGCGUCCGGCCCCGGUCAACCACGGCCCUACGUCUCAGGGGAGCCUGCUGCCUGACGCUGCCAAGGUGGUGAAGUCAUUCAUGGAGCGUGACCCGACUGAGGUCAACUUCUCCGUUCUGGCGCUGGCCAGCGCCCAGUGAUAUGGGGUCGGCUUGACGGGGGCGCCUGGGGCACAGACGAUCUCUGAAGACUGCACGCGGCUGCUGAAGGGUACAUCCAAAGCAAUUUAACCACGCUCUUAUUUCAUGCAACUAAUUGACACUGGGAAGAACCGUUUUGCAUUCUCCUUGGCCGAAGUUUGGUUUUGGUCAGUUGCUGACGAGAGCAAAACGUUUUGUAUUUGUCGUGCAUUAUGAAAGACACUUCGACAAUACACAUUCUGUGAUAAGCACGUUUGCGACGUC